AUGAGUGGGGGAGCGGAGCAAGCUGACAUCCUAAGCGUGCUCUCCCUGGUCAAGGAACGAUGGAAAGUGGUAAAGAAGAUUGGGGGUGGAGGGUUUGGCGAGAUCUACGAGGCGCUGGACCUGCUGACGCGGGUCAGCGUGGCGCUGAAGGUGGAGUCGGCCCAGCAGCCCAAACAGGUGCUCAAGAUGGAGGUCGCCGUGCUCAAGAAGCUCCAGGGUAAAGACCACGUGUGUCGCUUUGUGGGAUGUGGCCGCAAUGACCGCUUUAACUACGUGGUGAUGGAGCUGCAGGGUCGUAAUCUGGCUGACCUGAGGAGGAGUAUGACCCGGGGUACGUUCAGCAUCAGCACCACCCUGCGUCUGGGUCGCCAGAUCCUGGAGGCCAUAGAGAGCAUCCACUCUGUCGGCUUCCUGCAUCGUGACAUCAAACCGUCUAAUUUCGCCAUGGGUCGCUUCCCCAGUACCUGUCGUACGUGCUACAUGCUGGACUUUGGUUUAGCUCGCCAGUUCACCAACUCAUCCCAGGAGGUCCGACCACCCCGCACAGUGGCAGGGUUCAGGGGAACGGUCCGCUAUGCGUCUGUCAAUGCUCACAAGAAUAAGGAGAUGGGUCGUCAUGAUGACCUGUGGUCCCUCUUCUACAUGCUGGUGGAGUUUCUGGUCGGUCAGUUGCCAUGGAGGAAGAUCAAGGACAAAGAACACGUGGGGAAGCUGAAGGAGACUUACGACCAUCGUCUGAUGCUCAAACAUCUGCCGGCAGAGUUCGGGGUGUUUUUGGAACACAUCUCCAGCCUGGACUAUUUCACCAAGCCUGACUACCAGCUGCUGAUGUCAGUGUUUGACAACAGUAUGAAAACCUACAAUGUUGUGGAGAACGACCCCUAUGACUGGGAGCGGACCGGCACCGAUGGCACCUUGACCAUCAGCGCCAGUGCCACAACACCACAACAUCACACCCGCCUCACCCCGGCACACAUGGGCAUGGCGAACGCCUCCCUGAUACCUGGCGACCUGAUGAGGGAAAACACGGAUGAGGUUUUGCAGGAUGAGCAGCUCAGCGACGUGGAGAACAACCCUGCUCCUGAGCGCCUGCCUGGCUCUCCCCUCCACCCACACCGCAACCAGGAGGCUGAUGUCUGGGAGGAGCUGGACCGUAACCGUAACCGCAUCAGGGCCGCGGUCUGGAAGGCGGCGACGGAGGAGGAACACAGCAACAACCAGGGCAACCAAGGACACCAGAGCCCCUACCCUGGGCCAAGUCUGGGUUCCCCAGUCAAACUACACUCCGAGGUGAUGGCUUCAGACCGUGACGGCCCUCUGCUGAGAAAGCUCCGCAACAUCCACAGCUUUGAGCUGGAGAGGAGGCUUGGCCUGGAGUCCAAGCCCAGUCCCGAGCGCUUCCUGGAGGCCUGCUCAACAAAGCAGCAGCCUGGAACCCCACAGCAGGAGAAGGAGACUAACGGAGCUGCAAUCAUCCCAGUAACUCAGGGUCAAACUGUACCUGCCAGGGAGCGUCCCGAUAGGGUCUGGCACUAUGAUGAGGAGUUCCUGUCUGGUGGUGGUUCUCCUAAGCCAGCAUCCCCUGGAUCUCUGGAGCAGGGAGAGGGGGCAGCCAGCAGCGGGGGCUUCGUGGCCCUCAAUUUGAGCUCUGGGAGGCAGGAGAUUGACUCAAGGGAAUGGGUAAUGGUGGAGCGGCCCACUGGUUCCCCAGGAGCCAAGGCUACCGCGAGCCCUUCAGAGGAGGAUGAGGAGCCGGAGGUGCUCCAGCCGGGGGAACAGUCUCCUGGAUGGGAAAAGGGUAGCCCGAGCCCAAGCUCUGGCAAAGCUAAACAAGAGAGCAUGUCUUCCUCCAAGGGAAGUGCAAAAGUGGACAAGUUGGAGCUUAGCGUGGGCCAUGUAGGGGCUCUGCCCCCCGUCACGCCAACCAGCCCAGCGGAAGCUCUGGCUGAAGGAGUUCUCACUCAGCUCCCCACCUCUCCUCCGUCCCUGCCCGAGGAAGUCGCGGUCCGGACAUCCAGCCCCAUCCCUCUUCGCUCUCCCAGCCCUCACACCCUCCUGACCACCUUGUCGGACCCGCUGCACCAGCGCCAGCCGCCGGGCAUGAGGCGCAGCCAGUCUGCCGACCAGCAGCAGCAGCAGGGGCGCCCCUCCUCUUCCUCCUCCUGCCAUGCCUCCCUUCCACUACCACCAAACCCUGCCCCCGGCACCCGCUCGCCCAGUCGUAGGAAACUGCCUGCCAUCCCAGCGGGUGCUGCCAACGCCAAGUUUCCCUCUGUCAUACGCAUCACACGUGCCCAGCUUCAGCAGUUGACAGCUCAGCGUCCCUCUGGGCUGUCCUCCCAGUCAGGAUCAGACAGUGCUCCACAGUGCCUCCUGCUGGAGAGGCGUGGUGAAGUUGAAGCUGAGAUUCAGCAGGUCCAGGAGCAAACAGUGGACAUCACCUCCCCACAGGACCAUGUGCCCACCCAUCCAGGGACUCCUACAGACCCCCUGGCAGAAACGUUGGUCAAUGGAGACAACCACACCAAAGCUCAAAGCCCUGUGCCAAGCCGCGUUUCCUCCCCGCGCUCACCCCGUUCUCCAUGUUCGCCUCCUCCGCGCACACCCUCCUCUCCACGCUCCCCCCGCUCACCUCGCUCCCCUCGCAGUCCUGUUCUGGUCAAUGGCCACUUCAUCCCCCAUGUUACUGGCCAAAGGGAUUUAAGUAAUGGAUCUUUCCCUAAGCUGAAAGACCCUGAAAAUGAUUCUGGCCCGGCUCCAUGUGUCACAGAGCCUCAGCUAAGAGGUGAGAGUGGAAAGGUGAACCAGGCCCCAGAUGAGACUAGCGGCCCAGUCUCCUCCUCCCCGGCUGCCCCCCGAAAGGACCCCAGUCGCAGGCAAAGUCGCAUUCCAGUCCUGGAGCCCUCCAGCCUGCUGGAGCUCCCACCUCCUGGGUCUGCCAAGGAGAAACUCCUGCAGAAGAAAGCCAGCCACCACGGUCUGGUCCCUUCUCCCACUGCCUCCCCGUCCCUCUCCGAUAGGCGUGGCCCAAUGGUGGCCUCCCUUGCAAGGGACCCGCUGUCCUCCACCUCUGACCGCUCCCAGGAUGAGGACUCUCUUAUGGGCUCCCGUUCUGACCGCCAGGGAGAUGAUGCUCCAUCCCUUUCCUCCUCCUCCAGCCCUCUGUCCCGCAAGAGUAAGAUCCCCCGUCCUGUUCAUUCAGCCUCUUCUGCUGAGCAGCUGGCUGCCCAAUUCCUGCCACGCCCACCCCCUGGAAAGCCACCUUGCCGCCCCACAGUGGAGGGCAGGCUCAGGCGUUACCGCAUCCGAGCUGGCAGCACCAGCGACUCGGACCUCCUGACAUGCCUUGCUCAGCUGAUGCAUGGUUCCCGUGGCUCCCCGCUUCACCACCGCUCCUCGGCCCAGCACGGGGGCUCCAGGAUGGGCGUCUGCAGCCUGACGAGCUCUCCUCACCACCACCGCAGCUCUAGCGCCUCGCCACGCAGCUCCUCCUCCCUGCAGCGGUCCGUCAGCUCCUCGCCCUCCCGCCACGAGCACCGUGGCAGUGGUGGAGGGGGCUGCCUGGGCCGCAGCCGCUCACCACCUAGCUUCUCUGGCUCCCCACCCCUCCGCCGCUUCUACCCCCACCACCAGGAGACUUGCUGCAGCCGCCAGGCACGCACAGGCCCCUUCCACCUGUCCAGGGGAAAAGGCUGCAGCCGUGAGGGCAAGUGCUCCAGCAAGCUGAGCAGAUAGUUGCCCAACA